CCCUGGGUGGCCCCGCGCGCUCUGCGGUUGCUCCCGCCCGCCGGCCCGCCGCGCACGGUUGUCCUGGAGAGGGACGCGGAGGCGGCGCAGCCGCGGGCGGGGAGGGCGGUGGCCGCGGAGUAGAGACCCCCGGUUCGACCGUCCCCUGGGCCGGCCCCACCGAGUCCUGUCUGGCCUCCUCGCCCGCCGGGCUGUUCCAGAGUCGCCGCGGACCGCGCCGGCAUGUCGGGGGAGGCGAGUGCGCCCGGGGUCUCCCCUCGGGCCCCGCGUCCCGGGACCCAGAAGUCGUCCGGUGCGGUGACCAAGAAGGGGGAUCGCGCGACCAAGGAGAAGCCGGUCACUGUUCUGCAGCCGGUGGGCGAGGAGGAGCCCAAGAACCCUGAGGAGUACCAGUGCACCGGGGUCCUCGAGACGGAUUUCGCUGAGCUCUGCACGCGCUCGGGCUACACCGACUUCCCCAAAGUUGUCCCCCGGCCUCGCCCGCACCCGGCCUUCGUCCCCUCGGCCUCGAUGUCGGAAAAGCCCGCCUUAGACGAUCAGCGCCUGUCGGGGUCUUGCAGCCUCAACAGUCUGGAGAGCAAGUACGUGUUCUUCCGGCCCACGGUGCAGGUGGAGCUGGAGCCCGAGGACAAGUCGGUGAAGGAGGUCUUCAUCCGCGGCUGGAAGGUCGAGGAGCGGAUCUUGGGAAUCUUCUCGAAAUGCCUGCCUCCGCUCAGCCAGCUGCAGGCCAUCAACCUGUGGAAGGUGGGGCUGACCGAUAAGACCCUGACGGCCUUCAUCGCUCUCCUGCCUCUGUGCGCACCCACGCUCAGGAAGGUGUCUCUGGAGGGUAACCCGCUGCCCGAGCAGUCUUAUCACAAGCUCAUGGCACUGGACAGCACCAUCUCCCACUUGUCCCUGCGGAACAACGACAUUGACGACCACGGGGCUCAGCUGCUGGGCCAGGCUCUGUCCACACUGCACAGCUGCAACCGCUCCCUGGUCUCACUCAACCUGGGCUUCAACCACAUCGGGGAUGCAGGCGCUGGCUACAUCGCCGAUGGCCUCAGGUUGAAUCGCGCCCUGCUCUGGCUGUCCCUGGCGCACAACCGUAUCCAGGACCAGGGCGCCCUGAAGCUGGCCGAGGUCCUGCGCCCCUUUGAGCUGACACACACGGAGGUGGUGGAGCGCCGCCGCCUUCUGCUGGAAAAGGGGUCUCAGGAGCGCUCGCGAUCGCCUUCCUCCUCCCGACACGGGGACUCCAAAGGCGAGAAGAACCCCUUCACGGGGGUCAGCAAUGUUGCCCUGUCGGAGAAGCCAGACAAGACGCCCGCCACGAAGACCCUGAAAGGCCUGGGGAAGAAAAAGGAUAAGUCAGGGGACGGGGCAAAGAGAGAGGAGAAGCCGGGGUCAGGGCAGUCACCCACACAGGGGACCCUGAAGAAAGAAGACGCCAAGACCUCCAAGGGGAAGGUCACCAUCCCGGAGCAGAAACCCAACAAGGGGAAGGGGCCCAAGAUAGGAAACAAAGAGAAGCGCAGCUUCCUGCUGGAGUCCGAGCAGCUGGUCUCCGAGCCUUCAGAAGUGGUUAACCCUCUCCUGGAGCCCGUGGAGCACCGAGAGGGGAAAGUGUUCAUGCCUGGGAACAAGGUCCUUCUGCACCUCAACCUCACCCGAAACCGCAUCACCGAGGUGGGGCUGGAGGGCUUCUUGGCCACCGUGCAGCACCAGGCCCAGUUCUCCAAGUCCAAGAGCGCGGCCAAGGGCCCCGUGGGGCUGCUGUGCCUGUCCCUGGCGUCUGAAGACUUUGUUCCAGAACUACACGGAAGGUUUGGACUCGGCGUCUGUUCCUGUCACGUGGCCUGAAAUGGCCGAAGGGCUUUGCAGCUCUCCUGGGAUGAGAUCGGGCCCUUAGGCUCGGGCGGCCAGGGCCACCACAUUCCUGCCUCCUCGGGCCUGCAUCUUGCUCUUUGCCUGUGUUCCCUGGAGGACACGGGACACACCAGGACCCGCAUUCAGCCUCUGGUCUCAGAGGACGCGGUGGGGUGACCUUGGACAGGCCCGGUGAAGGGGCUCGGGGAGGGCUCGGGCUCCACCACUGCAGGCCCCUCCUCUUCUGCGUUUCCCUGUCGGCUCAGGCGCCCGGUCACUUCGGAGAUAGGGACUCGGCUAGGGACCUGGAGAAUUGGAAGGCUACUCCGGAGAGGGUGUUAAGUCUCUGGGCAUCGACGUGGCAAAGGCCAAGCACCUCGAAGCCCACAAAGCCCAGUGCAUUUGCCCGCAGGUGAUGGCAGCCCGAAGCCAGGGACGCCCCAACGGGCGGGCCAGAGGAGCGAGGCGGCAGAUGGAACCUGGCCUUCCCCUCAGCCCACAGAGACGCGCUCUCCCUGCCCCCACUCCUGCUCUGCGAGGCUUGGUGAGGCUCUGCAGCUCUGGGUACCUGGCCGCUGAGCUCCAGCUUGAGGGUCCCCCUCCCCUUCCCGAGCACACAGCAGGGCUCCUUGGGGGGAGUGCCAGAUGUCCCCCUGGAUCCCAAGCCCGUGGGGUCGGCAGGUGGCACGUGCUAGGUUUGGGAGGGAGCACGAGGCAGAGCUGGAAGGGAAUCUGGCCCUCGGGUGGUCAGUGAAGGCAGAAGGGCUGGAGGUCUGGGGAAAACGUGGCUUCUGGGUCCCGUCAGAGUGCUGGGACAAAGCAGAGGCGGAGGCCAGCGAGGACUGGCCAGGCCUCGGACACUGCCUCCCCCGGCCCCCAUUUUGCCUUAAGGGGGCUCGUGGAGGGGUCUCCCGACUGCACCCAUUGCCUGUGUGUGUUUCGACGGUGUGGGCUCUGUCUCUCCCCGUUUCGGCCGAGGGGCCGUGGAACGUGGUCGGCCCGAUGGUGGCUCAGUGAGUGCAUGUCGGAAGCUCUGGGCCUGGUGUCUCCAGCCAUGCUGGGGCCUGGGGCCUUGAAGCCGGGCGUGGGGGCUGCCUCCUGUGUCUUCCCCCCAAUCCUAAGAACCACAGAAUCUUUUAUCCAAGCAGUUCCAGAAAUCACACACAUACCACCGCGAUUGAAGAAUAUUUAACUUUUCUUAAAAAAAAAAAACAAAAAAAAACUUAACCAUGAGAGAAAGAAAAUAAAAGAGUAUACAUUAUUUUAACAGGAAAA